CUUUUUUCAAACCCGGUUUCACUCACUCGAAAACUACGAAAAAUUACGUUUUGAAAGCGAGCGCGUUACUUAAACAAAAUUUGUAUUGAGAACGGUAUUUACAUGAAGACACAUUUUUGUAAAAUAAAUUAUUAGGCAAUUAAAAAAAAAAAAAACGAGACGACAAGUUAUAUCCUUUUUCCGCUGUGCAAACUUUUUUACUGUUUUUCGUAAAUAAUUAAACAACAUUUUUUAUAAUUAAAAAAAAUGAACACAUUCUUGUUAGUGUGCGCCAUUGGCUUACUCCUUGCGGUCACAUCCUGCCAGUCACAACACCAUCACGGUCACCCAAAUCAGAAUAAUAUACCGCGAGACGAAAAAGUGUCCGAUCUUCGCGAUCACCACCGCGAAAGCACCACUUGGAUACCGAUACUUAAGUACAAUAAGGAACAAAGUGAGGAUGGCAGCUACAAAACCGAAUAUGAGACCGGUAAUAAUAUUGUGCAUGAAGAGACGGGCUUCCUGAAAGAUUUCUCCGAAGCAAAUCCCAACGGCGUGCUGGUGCAACAUGGCCAAUACUCAUACCAAUCUCCCGAAGGCGAUUUGGUGAAUGUGCAAUACACAGCCGAUGAGAAUGGUUUCCGCGCGACCGGCGAUCAUAUACCCACACCACCGGCCAUACCAGAAGAAAUUCAAAAAGGUUUGGAUCAAAUCUACGCAGGUAUUAAGCUGCAGCAAGAACGUUUGGAACAGCGUGCCAAGAGUGAUCCUGAUUUCGCUAAGAAGCUGGAAGAGCGUCGUUUGGCCAAUAAGAAUGGUCAAUAUAUAGGACCAUUGGAAAAUGCUUAAUUGCGCGAGUGAAAAUUUAAUAAUAGAAGAUUAUUUGAUAAAAAUAAAAAAAACAUUUGAAAAUAUUUAAAUUUAUAAGAGAUUUCGGAAGCGAUUGUGGCGCUUUUAUGAAGAACAAAGACUGUGAUUUGCUGCAAAUGAAGAAAUUCGUGGUAUUAAUGAAAAAUAAUAAUUGGAUGUAAAAUUUUGAAUAACUUAAAAAAUUUUAAGAAAAAUUGUGAACCUCAAAAUUUUAUGGAUAGAGAAAUUAUUUUGUUUAUUAAAACCGUAUAUAUGCUGGCAUGUACUUGUUUUACUUGUACCUAAUUAUCUAAAAAUUAAAGAAUACCUACUCCAUGUACAUAAAUAAAAAAUGAGAUUUUUUUACAAAAAAA